AACAUUUAAAGUUGAUGAAUUUUUCUGAUUUUCUCUAAAAUUUAUGUUUGGAAAAUGACAUAUUUUUCCAAAAGCAAACUUUCAUUCUUUCACUAAAUGGUUUGAUCGUUAAACUAAGUAAUCAUACUAUCCUUUGGUGGUUGUUGAUAUUUGAAAAUGGCUAAAAUGGACUUGAUUUCGUCGCCUGUGUUGGCCCUGAAAAUGUCGAAGGAGGAUUUUGAUCCUGAUAAGUAUGUAAAAGAUAUGUGUGGGAACUGUAACACUCAUGCAGAAUUGAAAGAACAACAGAAAAAGAUCAAGACGUUGAAUGAGGAAACUGCAGCAACACUGAAGAGAAAUGUUUAUAGAAAUUAUCAACAGUUCAUUGAAACAUCCAGAGAGAUUUCUUAUUUAGAAGCAGAGAUGUAUCAGUUGAGUCAUUUGUUAACAGAUCAGAAAUCUAAUCUAUCAACCCAACUUGAGAUGUCCUUGUUUGGUAGAUCAGAGUCAUCAGUAUCAAUGGAUAUUAGUGAUGGAGGUCCGCCCUCAGAAAGUGAUAGUUACAAUGAAACUAUGUCCCUUCUUGAAAACAUAGAUGGCCUUUCUAGUGUAAUGGAUGUUCAUGAUCACCACUGUCUGAUGGAAGGUGACUUGCUUGAAAUAGACCAGGAUUCCUUGGGAGCUGUAGAGCGAGUGAAAGGAUUUUUACUGGACGAUUUUCUGGUCAUAACAAUGUUUGUUAGCAAUAAGCUUGGGCCAGGCCGUUUUAAACUGAAGUCAGUUUUCGAGGUUGAUAACGUUGGGGUGGUGAAUGUCCAUGAUAUGGAAGGAUUGAGAGAUGCCUUCAGAAUCAUGAAUUUUCCUACUGGUGAAACAGUCACAUUCCAAGCUGAGGACUCAGAGACUAAGGCGAAGUGGCUGUCAAUGCUGGAGGAGACACGUCAACGUUUCAAACUUCAAUUGCAAAAAGAAGUUUCUGCACAAAGUCAAAUGACACAAGAACAUUAUGACAAAGAUAAGAACCCAUUUUAUGAGUCAGAUGAAGACGACAAUGAUAGCAUAUUUACGAAUGAGAGCAGCACACAUACUGUUUUAUCAAAGAGCGAUCUUUUAGCUGUUGAAUGGCUUCGCGAUAUUCCUGACGACUUGGAUGUGUGUAUUGCACAGAGAGAUUUUGAAGGAGCCAUGACUCUCAUCGAGAAAGUCAAUGAUUAUUUAAAAGAUUCCCCAAGUUCCCACGCUUUAAAUGAAGUCAGAAGUCGAGUUGACCACCGGGUGAAGUUAUUAUCAGAGGCGUUAAUGACGGAAUUAGAGGCAAAUCAGAGCAUAUUACUGCAUGGUGGACCGCAGUCGAGUAGGAGAGCAGUUUUACUACUUAAUAAACUUGGGAAAGCCCAUCAGGCUUGUACGUUGUUUCUUCGAAAUAGGAGCGAGGCAAUGAAACAGAGUUUUAGACAUCUGAAGAUAGAGGGAGCCACGGCACUUUACAUCACGAAGCUAAGCAACGUGUUCUUCACGAGCCUUGUAGAAUGUCAUAAGGAAUUCUGCAAACUGUUCUCGGAGUGCAAAGGAUUCAAAUCAGCGUUUAUUGUGUGGGCGAACGACGAACUGGAGUAUUUUGUAUCAAAGCUAUCGCGACAAGUAUUUCAUUGUGAUAUUACGUUGUCUGCUAUUGGUAUCUGUGUUGGGAUUGCGACGCGACAUUGCAACAAGCUUCAAGAGAACGGUCUAGAUUUGACAUUUUCGAUGAAGAAGAUGCUGAUGGAGAAUAUCAAAGACGCCAUUUAUGAAAGUCAUCGUCAUCAUGUGGAGGCCAUAAAACACAGGGUGGUGGAAGAGCAGUGGCAGGCGGUUGACUACACAUACAGACACGAUGAGCUGGAUGCGUUAAUUUACGAAAUGGAAAGCAUGGGCAUUGUUACUUUUAAUACAGUCGUCGUUUUCCAAGCGGAACAAAGAUCCGUUCGACUUAGCAACUCGACGAUCACAUUUAUCAAAAGCGCCUGUGGCUUUCUGUACGACUGCCUUCAACUUUACUCAUCAGACCUUCAUCAUGACAUCAUUCAUUGCCUUCACAAUUUAUUCGAGACCCAGGUUUCGUUGUUUCGCUCAAAGAUCAAAUCUGGGCACAACAUAAAACAGGCUGAUUUUAUCUUCGAAAACGCCACGUUUAUCCUGGACACCGUUCUCCCCGUGGUCGAGGAUACAUUGAAGAAUCGCUUACACUACGUUCCUGACAAGAUCCAGUCUCUUCAUUCAGAAAUGGCGAAGCUCUCGACUUUGGCGGGAAAUUUGGAUAAGAAUUAAACUGAACGUUCAGGUUUGGUGAGGCGGGAAAUAACUACGUCUUUAUCUGUAAUGCUGAUUGCGAGAACGGACUGUAUUUUUAGCUGCAUUGCAUUCAAACACAGUACCAAAGGCUGAACAACGCUAUAGGAAGAUUGCAAAGUCAUUCGCUACCUCGGUGCGAUCAAAAUAUAAUUUAUAUAAUAUUAGAAGGGCAUUUAAAUUAAUAUUUUUCAUUAGAGAUAUCGUUAGAGAUAAAUAAAUGUAGAAA